CUCUGAGACUGCCAGCUGGACUGUCGCGCCCCCGGGGAAGGGAUGCUGGGCUUCCUUGAGGGCCAGCGCACUCCCCGGCUGCAGGGCCAGGAGGGCAGCAGUGGGAGAGACGGCCACAGCCGCCCCAGUGGUGUUGAGGAGGUGUGCUACAUCCAGCUGCCGAGAGUCGACGAGGGCGACGCUGCCGCACAGCAGGCCAUCCACCACACACAGACGGGCCAUCCCAAGGUCACCUUGCAAUGCUCCUAGUGCAUCUCUGCGUGUGUGGUCAUCGGCCUCUGCUGUCUGUGUCCCUCCCUCCCUCAAGGCAUUGCAGAUGUCAGCGUCGGCCUCGAGUGACCAGGUCCCUCUGCUGCAGGACGAUGAGCCAGGGCUGAUGGAGCCCCAGCUGCCCGACGUCACCGAUGACAUCACCAAGGCACCGAGACGCAUCGAGCAGGUCUGUUGCUGUGAUGCGGACAGCGGCGUGACCACACACUCUGAGAGGUCUCUUGGGCGUCUGUGUGUGGUCUGCAGGUUCCCCUGGUGGGUGCCCCGGCCGCCGACGAUUGGGAGCCGACAGAAGCCCUGACAGACAGCAUCAAAGAGGCCAUCCUUCGGUCAGAUGCGGAGGGUCUGCGGCAGGCCCUCGCCGGUCUGUCGCCUGAGCAAGCCGAGAAAGCGCUGACGACUGGAGAGUGGGACCCUUGGGGAUCUGCCAUCCAUUGUGCCGCAGGUAGGCAUCGUCACAUCGCUGCACACACAUGAUGGAGUCACGUGGCCCCUUUGUGUGCUUCUCAGACUGGUGUAAGGAUGUGGCUGUGUUUGAGGUGCUGCUGGACAACCGACACCACCUGCUCAACCUGAAGGAUAGGGUAUCGUGCUCGACAAUUACACUCAUUCUGCCCAUUCGCCGACCGGUGUUUUCACUGCAAUCUUGAUGCUGUGUCUGUAGGAUGGCCGCACGCCUCUUCAUAUGGCAGCAGCAGCAUACCAGGGGUCAGUCGAUGUUGUAAAGAAGUUUAUCGAGUGGGGCGGCAAGGAGCUGCUGGAAGCUCGGACCAAGGUAAAGAUGACCGAAUGUCGAGUGAUGCAUUGAACAGCACGUGUCUUGUUCAUGCUGUGCCUGUAGGAUGGCCAGACGCCUCUUCAUCAUGCAGCAAGUCAGUCACUCGUGCGAACGACAGCCACCCAGGCGCAUGAGUCUUCAACACAGUCACACAGGGUUCUUCACUGUGUCUCUUGACGCUCUCCUGUAGUUUGGUCCAGCGGUUUGUCUGCAGCAGGUCAGUUAUUCAACAAAAUGACAGCCUCAUGGCAAUGCGCUUUCCAGGAGAACGGGCCCGUGCCCAUGUGGUGAAGUGGAUGUUGACGGCGAAUCCACACCUCGUGAAGAUCAAAGACAACGUAGGCUGCACCGCACCUGUCGAGCUGCCUGUCGAUGUUCUUCCUCCUCAUGACUCUGCCAGGACGGAGCUACGCCUCUGGAUUAUGCCCUUUUGAUGAACCCAAAACUCGUCACACCGAUGAUUGUCGCAGCCGGGGACGUCGCCAUGUCGGUGAAAGUGGAACGUGUGAAUGCUUGGGCUCUUAAAGAGGUGGUGCCCUCCACGAAGGGGUUCCUCAAGGACCACUCUGAGUUGCCUGGGCUCGACAGCCUUCGCCUCUGUGCCUUCUUCCGCAAACAGAUCAAAUUGCGACCGAUAGACUCCCUCACAGAGUACAAUGGAAAGAAGAAGGAGGAGACAAGAGGCGAAUAUCUGCACUGUGAAUAUGUGUGUGUGUCAGUGACUUUGCGAAAAUUGCCAACUGGCAGGAAGUAAACAGUGACAAAGAGACAUACGACACACGGCAAUUUUCAAUCUCGCAUUGCUUCAGGCGCACACAGCCAUCUUGUGCAGCAAUACCAGCGAAGAUUCUCUCGCUGGCGAAGAGAGAGAUUGGUUUGCGUUGCUCGAGGCUGCGGAACCCCUCUCUGUCGUCACCCAAGGUGAGUCACACACAGGAUUUCCCCCUCCCCUCUGUCGGUCCGCUCAUGUCUCCUCUCUUCCUUCUGCUGCAACUGAUUGCGACAGCCAACUGCACCUCCCUCGUCACAAAGCAUUGGAAGCAGGACUACGAAAACUGGAGGAUCAAACUGUCGCCCCGUGAUGUCUUCAUCAGCCGCGUGCUAUCGAUGCUGCUGAUGUAAAGCCGCAGCAAAUCGCACUGACCAAUGCACAUCGAUGGAGGCAGAGAGGCGUGCGGCAUGGCUCGUCUGUGUGUAUGUCAGGGUGGCGUUUGUGCUGCUGCACAUCGAGUCGAUCAAGGGAGACAGCGGCAUGAUGAUGGCACUGGUGUGGCCGUCGGUGUGGCUGUGGGGGACAGUGCUGACCGGCACCGGAUUCAUCCUUCUGGAAAUCUUCCAAGUAAGGCAGAUCAGAGGAGACAUGCCUGACUGAUCAACAGUGACACGUGUCGUCUUCUGUGUGUGCAGUUCAUCCGUUUGAAGGCAGUGUACUGGGCCGACUCAUGGUGCGUGUCGGCAAUGCGCAGCCCACCGUGCUGGCGGCUUCAUUUGUGUGCUGUCGGUGCGUGUGGGAAUUCAUAAAUUAAGGAACUAUGUAGACUUCGCAAGCGGCGUCUCCAUCAUCGCCUUCAUUGCCGUCCACUUCGCUGGGUGGUCGUCGGAGGCGGAGGUCGGCUCAGGGGUCGUCAUAGUGCUGCUCUUUGCGCUGCGCCUCCUCCAAACCGCCAGUCUGCACCCAGCCGUGGGACCACUCAUACUGUCAGUGAGAGAGACACAGAGCCACACAGAGAGAGGUUUCUGAUGGUGUGUGUGAUGGGUGUGUGUGUCAGUGCGGUGGUGAGGAUGUUUUCGGACAUCAGCAUGUUUCUGUGUCUGUACGUCUACAUCCUCCUCGUCUUCGCGGUCGUCUUCACCCUCCUCUCGUCCGACGAAGACCACCAGUACUUCGGCUCCUUCGCCAAAGCCAUGCUCACACUGUACUUGAUGACACCAACACACACGAAGAGAGAGCGCCAGUCGUCAUGUGCUGUUGGCUGGCUGCAUGGCAUUAGUUUCUACGGGGGUCUUGGCGACUUCAAUGAGGCGCUGAGCAACGCCAUCGAGAGCCACGACACGCUGGGGACCGUCCUGCUGUUCACAUACGUCAUCCUCUCCUCCAUCAUACUCGUACGUGAGAGUCAACACCACUCACUUCCCCCGAUGGACGAGCCACACACACAAUGACUCCCUUUGUUGUUGUCUCUCUUUCUCUGCCCGUCUGUAUCGAUAGCUCAACCUGCUCAUCGCCAUCAUGGUAAGACAGGCAGACAAGGAACCCCAGCGUGCUCCUGUCUGUCUGUCUUGUCUGUCUUUUCAGGCGUCGACGUAUGCAGCGAUCGAGCAGACACAGACAGCCCAGUACCAGUGAGACAGAUGACAUGCAAGGGAGACAGACAGUUGACAGCGACACAUAAGGGCUCCCUCUCUCUUCGCUCAUCUCUGCAGGCUACUGCGGAUUCGCGUGUUGAAUGAGUACCUGAAUAUGCCUGUCCACGAGCGGCUCCCGCCGCCAUUCAACCUCAUCGGUCGGUGCGACCGACAAGAGACAUCAGCUGCAUCUAUCACAUGUGAGCAUCUGUCUGUGUGUGUGCAGCUGUGGUCGUGUCGGAGCCCCUGCGGCAUCUCGCCAACCUCAUCAGCGGCCGGCAGUCGGCACUCUGCCGCAUUGCCUUCUGGUCGAUGAAGGCCCUCUACUGCGCCAUCGACGCGCUCCUGUGGGCUGUCGCCUUCACUCCAAUAGCCAUCUACCGUCAGCUGGAGGAGCUUCAACAAGCGAUACGGGACGCGAUACAGCGGCGACAGUAUCGGACGAAGGACAAUACUGGACAAGAGGUGCAGAAGACGGUCCAGAUCUGGGACGCAUUCAAAAUACUCGAUGUCAUCCUCGUGAUGCCCUUGUGGCUUCUCUAUCGUUACGUCACAGCAAAGGUGAGUCAACAAAACUCAGAGUGGCCUAUCCCAUCCAGCAAUCGAAUCUGUGUGUGUUGCCAAAGGAAUUUUUCGAGGACACUGAGGAAGGGAAAGCCAUAAAGAGGCGUAGAGCACUUCACGGUUUAGAUGGAUACAAAGACAGCAUCGAGAAGUGGAUGGAGGCCGCGGACCAUCACGACACGACAUCUCCGGACAUCAUGGCAGGCGAGCCACAAACGCACACGGCCACGGCAUGGCAUAGCAACUCGUGUCUCUUUCGAUUGUUGCAGCGCUCACGCACUUUGAGGCGUACGUCAAAGAUGAGAUUCACUCUUCUCAAUCCGAGAUGCUGUCAGGUGAUGGCUGAAGAUCACCUGCCGAAGCUGCACCCGUUUUUGCGUUUGCCUUGUGCCUCGGUCUUGAAGAGGGUGGAGGAGCGACAGACCUUGAUGGACGAGCGAUUGACAAAGAUAGAAGCGAGGAGCACAACGAAGUGCUGUUAAUGAGACAACAGCUGCACGGCUCGGUGGAUGAAAAGAAAAGAAAGAAAAGAAAGAAAGAAAGGACACGGAGAUGAUAGACUCAAAACACAUGUUCGUCACAUUCGCUGCGUUGUACAACGCUCUCAAAUUGUUGUGAGGUGUCUGGGUGUCACGCGUUUGGUGCC